AUGGUAAUACCAGCUUCAACGAAAUUUUCUCGAUCGUUGAGUGACCUGCGAACGUUAAAUAUCAAAAAGCAUGAGCGGAUUAUGGAUUACGAUGAAUUUCCACUGAUCAAUUUAGCUAAUCGCACACCAAAUCCCACAGAAGAAGUUCUGUUUGUUGUGAAAUUGCGGCCCGCUGAAAUACCUGUCCGACGAACUCGUCAUGCCUCGCUCUCCUCAGCCACUGCGCUAUCUGUCGGUUACGCCGAUCCACAGCGACUGAUCCAACGAAGUCCGCUGAUAGUGCGGAUGCAGAAUCAGUUCGCCGUUAAACCGUGCCUUGUGCAACUAAAUUCAGGUAACUUUUAA